AUGAAGUGUCCGGCGUGGUUGGUUUUCGCUCUGUUCCCGCAUUUCUUCGCUGGGAUACCGGUCACCCGGUCCCAGAGGACCCACGCGAGGCAGGGCCUUGGACGCGAGCAGCCACUCGUCAAGAUCCCGGAUCAAGGAUCGGUCGCCGGCAAGGAGGUGUUGCUGACUCGUGCACAAAAGGUGAUACAAUAUCUGGGGAUACCUUACGCCCAGCCGCCUUUGGGUAAAUUACGCUUCGCCGCCCCCGCGACCGACCCCCUUCCAACCUGGAGCGGUGUACGAAACGCAACGCAAUUCGCACCCUCAUGUCAACAAGCAACCAACAGACUGAAACUCCACGAGAAACUCUAUCAGAGAUUGCUGCCGCCUGAUCAGCCAGAUCCAGGUGUCAGCGAGGAUUGUCUUUACCUGAACAUCUUCGUGCCGGAUGGAAAUCGACCAGACGAUGGUUGGCCAGUGAUGGUAUGGUUCCAUGGUGGUGACUUCAACACUGGUACCCCGGCCAUUUGGGACGCGACCAUAUUUGUCAGCAAACAGAAAGUCCUAGUGGUCACCGUAGCCUAUCGCCUGAACAUCCUGGGAUACUUCACAACAACGGACUCCGAGGCGCCGGGGAACUAUGGGAUGUUCGAUCAGAUCGCAGCUCUGGACUGGGUACAAAAGAAGAUCCAGUACUUCAACGGCAGCCCAUCCAACGUGGUAAUUUACGGUCAUAGUUCAGGGGCCAUCAGCGUUGGUCUGCACCUGAUUAGUCCCUUGAGCAGAGGCAAAUUCACCAAGGCGAUAGCCAUGAGCGGGGAUGCAAUAAGCUCGGUGGGUUCACCCCAAACUGAACUCCCGGUCGUGGACAUCAUUGCCGAGAAGUUCGGUUGUUACAGACGUCCUACGUCAGCACUGAUGGAGUGUCUUCGUCGAGUGGACGUGAACAUUCUGGUACGGGAGUCUUCGGACAUAGAGACGUGGGGUCCGAUAGUGGACUCUGAGACGAACAACUCCACUGAUCCAUUCCUGCCGAUGCAUCCCAGAGACGCUUUAGACAGCAGUCAAUUGAACAGCGUCCCGCUCAUCGUUGGCUACACCAACAACGAACAAGCUUUAGCGUACAUGGAAUCGUUGGGCAAGGGAAACGAAGACGGCAAAUUAUCCUCGAGUAGAUUCGAGACGCUGAUCACCGAUGAGUUUCUCGCCCUCGUUUCCAGUACAGAAGACAACAGUACUUGCGAUAUGAAGCCGGAGAUGGUGACCGACGCGGUGUUAUUCUUCUACAAACCACAUCCACCGAGCAAGGACCAAGGUGUCCUCAGGGAUAGAUACUUGGACCUUCAAACCGAAAAGAAUUUCGCCGCCGGGCUGACACUGUUGGCCGGUAAAAUUUCAAAAGAUAAGAUGGCUUUCGUUUAUAGGUUCGACUACCGUCCUAAGACACAGUUCAUCACGAAGGAUGUACCUGAAUGGGCUGGUGUUCCACACAUGUUUGAGCUACCCUUUGUUUGGGGGCUGCCUCUGGUCCCUGGUAGUUCGAUUCAGUGGAACUUUGCCGACAAACAGAUGGCGGAGGUGAUGAUGCUGAUGCUAGCCAACUUUGCCAGGUCUGGGAAUCCUUCUUUGAAUAACGUCAAAUGGGAGCCGUACACCGAAGAAGAGCCUGGUAUAUUGAUUAUCGAUAGAAAUAUUGACAUGAACGACGGUAACGCUGUGGAUUAUAAGGCUCUUGCUUUUUGGAACGAGUAUUAUCCCAGGGUACUUGAAGAAGCGACGAACAAUUGCUGUAACGUGACCAGUGGAUCUACCACGUGGAGGGAUACCUCGUAUAAGGUUACUCUGAGUGGUCUUGCGAUAGCGGUAGUGUUACAUUCUCUUGAUUUGUAGUCGAUGCUGGUGAAAUAUUCUUUGUACAUGCUCAACGGGGCUUCUUUUGUGCAAUCGUUGGUAAACUAAGAUGAAUAUUUUGAUAUAUACACGAGUGGCUCCUUCUGUGUGCUGACAGCUACUAUACACUUCUCGACGGCUACUUUACAAUUUCAACGCUGCUUGAAUAGUACUGAUUCUGUCUUCGUAUUCUUUAGAAUCGAAGAAACACGAAAUUGGUAACGUUUCUUAAUUAUUCGUAAAGACAAGAUAUUAACAGGUGUAUCCAAUCGGGGAUCUGACUGGUUUGAGCGAGGUUUCCACUGAACGAAAUAAAUUCCAACAGUUAUCAAAAUCAAUCUUAUCGAUAUGGUAAAAAGUAUUUUUUUUAAAAGGAUACAAGUGAGAUUUGGAGCCAGCAUAAGAACCUGACUUAAACCACUCAUCAUCCCUGGAGUCCAAUCAAAGGGGGAAGGGGGGCGUAUGGUAUAGAAGCAAGGAGGACAACCACCAGCCUGGGCUUUUCGUUCUUACUUUUUCUUGUUUUUUUUUUUUUGUUAACAUUCACUGAGAGAUUUUUUAUUAUUUGCUUUAAUACGGAGAGAUAUAGAAAAAACAUAUAUUGUUCGAGAAACAAACGGUUGAUAUAACUUAUGAAUAUUUUGAUGUUUUGAUAAUAAUAAUAAUAAUAAUAAUAAUAAUAGUAAUAA